AUGCUCUUCAACCUUCCUACCCUCAUUGGGGGGAUCGCAUUGAUCUCCCAGGCUUCUGCUGCCCCAUCUCUCAUUUCCAGAGCUACUUCUGACCCCUCGGCUUUCUCGGACCUGGAAAGAGCAGCAAAGCUCUCUUCUGCAGCCUACACUGGCUGCAGUAACACUGCUUUCGAUGUCACUGUCACCAAGCAGAUCAACGAUGCUGUGACUGACACCCAAGGUUUCGUGGGAUACUCCGAGUCCAGAAAGGUCAUCACAGUGGCCAUGCGAGGCUCCACAACCGCCACUGAUAUUGCCAACGACGUCGACACCUCCCUGGUAACUCCCAACCUGUCCGGAGUCGACUGGCCCUCUGGUGCAAAGAUCAUGAACGGCAUCUCCCGUCCCUGGUCUGCUGUCCACGACGAGAUCAUUGACGAGGUCAAGUCUCUUGUGCAGAAAUAUCCUAGCUACAGCCUCGAGUCUACUGGACACUCGCUGGGAGGUGCCCUCACCUACAUCUCCUACGUUGCGUUGGCCCAGAAUUUCCCCAACAAGAACAUCACCAGCAAUGCCAUGGCUGCUUUCCCUAUUGGCAACUCGGAGUUUGCAGACUUUGGCAACAAGCAGCAUGGUACUCUGAACCGGGGCAACAACAACGGUGAUGGCGUGCCGAACAUGUACGUGAUGUGGCCUUGGAGCUUCGAGCACUACGGCACUGAAUACUACAGCUCUGGGAACGAGGGCAGCACUGUCAAGUGUGAUGGCGAGCGCGAUAAGUCCUGCUCUGCUGGAAACGGUCAGAUUGGUGUUACUGCUGGCCACUUCCAGAGCUUUGGUGUCACUCUGGGAGCAGCAGGAUGUGGUUCUUCGUUGCUGUAG